AUGACGUACACGCGCGACACGACGCUGCGGCGGUUCUAUGCCACGCCCGGCGUGGCUCGCAGCUUCUGCGGCGAGUGCGGCGGCAUGCUCUCGUGGCGUCGCGAGUCGUCCGGCACGGUGAGCGUAGCCGUGGGGACGAUCGACAGGGACGACCUCAAGGCUUGCCGUGGCGGGCUGUCGCUUGCCGUGGCGUCUACCCAUAUCUGGUGCGCCGAGGAGAUCCCGGGGGUGACGGAUAACACGAGGGGUCAGAAGUGGAAGUACGGUGAUGGCGGGGAGAGGAUGUGA